UCCUCCGCCCUUAGCAGGACGUGCAGCUUUAGUGCGGGCCUCCUCCCCGCCCUGUAUCCCCCGCGGCGCCGCUUCCUCCUCCAACUCCUCCUCCUUCUCAACUCCUCCUGCUCCCGCCACUCGGACUCCUCUUUCAGUCGCGACGGGAUAACGUUCUUCCGUCUGGGACCAAGCUGAACAAGUCUUUGAAUACAAUUGUCAUGUCUUCUGUGUUGUGAGACAGACAAAGACUGCAAAAUGUCAACAGAUAUUCAAGUCAUGGUUCCGAUGUCACAAACAAGCAUGAAUGGCCCAGAUGAGAAUAUUAUAUUAGGGACUCUCACAGAAAUAAAAAAGCAACCAGAGACUGUGUUGAGUUUUCAUAACAUCUGCUAUCAAGUGAAAGUGAAGACAGGCUUUAUAGGUUGUCGGAAGAUCGUUAAGAAAGAAAUUCUCAAGGAUGUCAAUGGAAUCAUGAAGCCAGGGCUCAAUGCCAUUCUGGGACCCACAGGUGGUGGCAAAUCUUCAUUGUUAGAUGUUUUAGCUGCUAGGAAAGACCCUCAAGGACUAUCAGGACACGUUUUACUAAAUGGAGCUCCUCAGCCUGCCAACUUCAAAUGUAACUCAGGUUAUGUUGUACAGGAUGAUGUUGUGAUGGGCACUCUCACAGUAAAAGAAAACCUACAGUUCUCAGCAGCACUUAGACUUCCCACAAGCAUGAAGAACCAUGAAAAGAAUGAACGAAUUCAAAGGAUUAUCAAGGAGCUAGGUUUGGAGAAAGUAGCUGAUUCCAAGGUGGGAACUCAAUUUUCUCGUGGUGUGUCUGGAGGAGAGAGAAAAAGGACCAGUAUUGGAAUGGAGCUUAUUUCUGAUCCAUCUGUUUUGUUUUUGGAUGAACCCACAACUGGCUUAGAUUCCAGUACAGCAAAUGCUGUUCUUUUACUAUUGAAGAGGAUGUCUAAGCAGGGAAAAACAAUCAUUUUCUCUAUACAUCAGCCUCGCUAUUCCAUCUUUAAAUUGUUUGACAGUCUUACCUUACUGGCUUCUGGAAGAUUGAUUUACCAUGGUCCUGCUCAGGAAGCCUUGGAGUACUUUGCUUCUGCUGGUUAUCGUUGUGAGCCCUAUAAUAAUCCAGCAGAUUUCUUCCUGGAUGUCAUCAAUGGAGACUCUUCUGCUGUGUUGUUAAAUAGAGAUGAAGGAACUGGUGAAGCUAAGAAAAAUUCCGAUUCUGUUCAGCAUAAGCCCAUUAUAGAUGAAUUAGCAGAGAUUUAUCUUAGUUCCACCUACUUCAAAGAAACCAAAGCAGAACUAGAUAAAUUGUCUAUGGGAAUUCAAAAGGUGAAGACAACUGUUUUCAAGGAAACAAUUUAUAUUACCUCGUUCUUUCAUCAACUCAAGUGGGUGUCCAAACGGUCAUUCAAAAAUUUGCUGCGUAGCCCUCAGGCCUCCAUAGCUCAGGUAAUGAUCACAGCUUUCCUUGGAUUGGUUGUAGGUGCCAUUUUCUUUGGACUAAAAAAUGAUCCCACCGGAAUUCAGAACAGAGCUGGGGUGCUCUUUUUCUUGACCAACAAUCAGUGUUUCAGCAGUGUCUCUGCAGUUGAACUUUUAGUUGUGGAAAAAAAGCUGUUUAUACAUGAAUAUGUCAGUGGAUACUAUAGAGUUUCUUCAUAUUUUUUUUCAAAACUGUUAUCUGAUUUACUACCCAUGAGAAUGUUGCCAAGCAUCAUAUUCACUUGUAUAACUUAUUUUAUGUUAGGACUGAAACAGGAAGUUGGGGCCUUCUUCAUCAUGAUGUUCACUCUGAUGAUGGUUUCAUAUACUGCCAGUUCUAUGGCUCUAGCUAUUGCUGCCGGUCAGAGUGUAGUGUCUGUGGCCAAUAUCUUGAUGACCAUCGCGUUUGUUUUCAUGAUGAUAUUUGCAGGGUUGUUAGUAAAUCUCCGAACUAUUGUGCCUUGGCUUUCAUGGCUACAGUAUUUCAGCAUUCCUCGAUAUGGUUAUACAGCACUGCAACAUAAUGAAUUUCUUGGCCUAAACUUUUGUCCCAGUGACAACACAACAGUUUCAAAUGAUACCUGUAAAUAUGCAGUGUGCUCUGGAGAAGACUUCCUGAGAAACCAAGGGAUUGACCUGUCUCCAUGGGGCUUGUGGCAGAACCAUAUUGCUUUAGCCUGUAUGAUUGUCAUCUUCCUUACCAUCGCCUACCUGAAAUUGUUGUUUCUGAAGAAGUUUUCAUAAAGAAUUUUGUGAGAUACAGUGCAAUUCAGUCUCACAAAGUAUUUAUUGUAAAAUGUUCAUUAUUUGAGCUUUUGUUGUUAAAAGAAUUAUUCCCAUUUAAAUUGGAUUUAAUUUUACUGUGAUUAACAGUUUAUAUUCAUUAUAAAGGUGUUGCAGAAAUUAUGUUUGCAAUAUUGUAAUCUUUGAAAAAAGCAUCAACAUAAGCUAAUAAUAUUGUAUACAAUUUUUAUAUGUUUAUAGAAACUAGUUAACUACAUAACUAGCAUAACUCAUUGAUCUGGCACUGAUGAGUAAGUGAUAAACUGUAAGUAUUGACAUUUCUGCAAUGUCAACUCUGAAAUGUCUUGGGACAUUAGGUUUUAUGUGUUUGGACUUGUGACAAACUAUUGCUGUUUAAUAAUAAACUUAUUAAAACGAGCAAAAAUUUAUUUUAUUUUAUCUGCUUUAUUAUACAUUUUAUUUUUUUGGUGGUUCUAUUAUUUCAUUACUGUGGAUAUAUAUCCCUGUAAUAUAUGUAAAGAAGGUAUUAUCUUUUUCAUUUUAUAGAUUAGUAGUAAAGCCAACAUAGUGAAGCAGAUGUAUAAAAUGCAAGAGUUAAAAAGUAAUUCUGACAUUUCACUGUUCUGCCCCUUUAAGGAGAAGAUAAUGAAAAAGAAACAAAUUUGAAAGCUACUUAAAUGUACUUAGGAUGGCUAGAUCCUGCAGUGUGACUGCCUGAAUUUAAGCAGCCCACUGGCUUCCUAUGGGCAAAAUCACAGGGUCAAAGGAAACCCCUCCAUCUGUCAGACAGAAGUGGUCAGAAUGAGAAUCUACUAAUUGGUUCUAACAGGUGGGUGAUAUGCUGCUGAGGAAGCAGAGAAGAUGAGGACGUAGACUUCUGAGGUGAUUUGCAGCACAAUCUCAAGCUUCUUAAAGAGAGCUAAAUGCUUCCCUUCCAUCAAUAGAGAGAUGUGGGAAUGUAGAAUGAGGCAUAUGUUGCUGGAAUUGAUCAAUGUUGUUUUCUUUAUUUGUACUUUUUUAUGAGAGAAUUUUCUUGGCAAGGUGAGGUGGGACUGAGAAACAACUGAUUUAAAAAACCUCAACAAACCACUACCUCUAUAAAACAUUUUACAAAAGGAAUCUUUAAUAAACACGAGGGCCAGUUGGCAUUCACAAUUUCCUAUCUGGCUGCUCUUGGUGUUUAUAAAUUCUCAUGAAUCUAUUUGCCAAUUAUUUUGGGGGAGAGAAAGGAUUUUAAUAUGCUUUAGCAAUCUUGUCACUUUAAUAACUGGAAACAGUGUAUAAUUAACAUAAGGACAUUAUUUGCUCCAAAAAUAUUCUCUUUUGCAGUAUUGCGGUAUGGAAAAGAGAUGGCAGAACAUUCACACCAGAGUUUGGAAGUGGGAGGAUCCAAGUUUUUAUCUUAGUUAUUUAAGCUCUUUGGAUCUCAAGUCCUCAUCUGUAAAAUGAAAGAGGUUGGACAAGUCCAUUUCUAAGCUUACAUUUCAAAUUCUAUAUCCUAUGAUUUAUAUGAUUAAAUAAAAACCAAGUUUUUUUCUCUUUUUGAGAAAAACCACUCAUACAUGUGUUAUAUAUAACAUACAGAUCUUUAUUAGGAAGUAAAGUGCUCAGAGUUAGAAAAUGAUUAAAAUUCUUGACUACUGUGGAAAACCUGAAAUAAAGAAUUUCUUACUAAGACCAAUAGAGAGUAGGAGUUGGAAAGGAAAGGAGAUGGAGGCAAGAUUACAUUCUUCAAAUGUAAUUUGAAGGAAAAGGAUGGCAAUUGCAAUGUAGAAAAAAAUGACAGCUAUUUCAAAUUUUUA